UGAGCCCCCAUUCAUUUCCUGAAAACUACCCAGAGCAGCUGAGAGGAGCAGAGCAGAGGGGAGGGAGUCUCAGAGAGCAAGGGGAGGAAGACACACACACAGAGAGAGAGAGAGAGAGAGAGAGAGAGAGAGAGAGAGAGAGAGCGGACUGUAUAAGGAAAACAGUUUCUGCCGCUCUGCAGCUCCUGAUCAGAGAUGUAGCUGGUCACCUUGGCAAUUCAGAGCUUUGUCUUAUACAACGUCACCAAUAACAGGAUGUUAAUGCUUGACGGAAUGCCAGCAGUUCGAGUCAAAGCAGAGCCUCUGGAAUCUGAGAGAGGGUCCCCUACAGUGCACAGCUAUCCUGAUAUGGAGGGGGUGCCUCUUCUCCUGAGCAAAGUGAAGGCAGAGCCACCAGAGGACCUGCUCUCUUCUGAGCACUUUCACACUCAGACAGAACCUGUGGACCUGUCGAUCAACAAGAAUCGUUCCUCACCUCCUUUCUCCACCGCCUCGCCCAUCAUUUCUGCCUUCUCUCCAUCCUGCUCCUCUUCAUCUUCGUCAUCAUCCUCGCCUUCUGUCAUUGCCUCCAUCUCUUCAGGAAAGCCCUCCGUGUUGACUCCAGGGCCUCUGGUGGGCUCUCCCUCAGGCAUUCGCGGUCAGUCAUAUUUACACAUCAUCCACCCAGUGCCGCCUUCCAGUCCCAGCAAACUUGCCAGGCAGGUGCAGCGCAUCCCGGUGGUGGUGCAGUCACUGCCACUAAUGUACACUACAGCGGUGCGCUCACCCUCCAACCAUCUCAACUCUACCAUCAUGGUCCCUCUGCUGGAUGACGCCAAGAGCCAAGGCAAAGCACAAUCAGACCUAAACGGCUUGUCACCGAGACAAAUCCGAAGUGACAGUGAUGAUGACGACCUGCCAAAUGUAACAUUGGACAGCGUCAAUGAAACAGGAUCCACAGCGCUGUCUAUAGCACGAGCAGUGCAGGAUUCCAUGUCACCGUUCAGUAUUGAGAGCAUGCGGCGACCUCGGCAGUCUGAGUCUCCAGACUCUAAGAAGAGACGCAUCCACAGAUGUGACUUUGAUGGUUGCAAUAAGGUUUACACUAAGAGCUCCCACCUAAAAGCACACCGGAGAACACACACAGGUGAGAAGCCGUACAAGUGUACCUGGGAUGGCUGCACGUGGAAGUUUGCUCGCUCAGAUGAGUUGACGCGACAUUAUCGGAAGCACACAGGGGUGAAGCCUUUCAAAUGUGCGGACUGCGAUCGUAGCUUCUCACGCUCAGACCACUUAGCCCUGCACCGACGCAGACACAUGCUGGUCUGAUGGAAGGCCAUCUUAUACAACCUCUCUCUCACACACACACACACUCACACACCCACACACGUGCACAUGCACACCAAGGGAGCUGGGUCUCUCCUUGCACUUGUUCAGCUGGGCUGGACACAGUCAUGGCCAUCCCAGGCCCUGGUGAAAAGUGAGAGAGAGGAAGUUUGGAGGAUGCAUGACAUGACAUGAUGGACAGAAUGUUUUGAUGGAGCUGAACAGGGUCUGCCUCAAGGAUGGAGCAAAGCUGCUCUACAGAUCUGGGCUCAUCUUGAAGUUUCAGGACAUCUUGAACUGGAGCACUUGUCCAGAUCCUGGUUGUUAGUUUUUGCGUGAGAGUUCUUCUGUCUGCAAUUUUUUAUUUUAAACUUAGCAUCCUUGUUUUGUUCUCAUUUUAAAUGUCUGCUUCCUUUUUUGCCAUCAACAAUGUGAAGAAGUGCAGUAUUGAAUGGCUUCCUCUUUUCAGAUCUGGAGCUUGAUAUUGUAGACACAGCCAGGUUCCUACAGGAACAACAUUUUCAUAAAUCCUGAUUUCCUCUUAAGCCAGCACACCUGAAAAUGGGGAGUCAUCUCUCUGGCAAAGAAGACUCUGAGUCAGCGAUUCAUGAGGUAAAGCUGAAGAUUUUUCAUAGAAAACAAGUCUGCAAAUCAUCAAAUAACAUUAUACAAACACCCUGUGACACAUCACAGGAAUCAUGCGGUUUCUAUAUUAUAGAUUUUUUUCUGCUGAUGUUGGUUUUCACACUAAAACGGUUUUCUGCAGCACAUUUGCGGAACUCAAGUGUAUGGGGUACGUUUGGCUUUAAGAACUCUCAUCUGUUUCUUUAUGGUGACAAACAGGGAUAUAUAACAGUGCAUUCGAUUCUGUGAUCAGCCAGUGAGUGUGAUUGUAUUCUGUUCAUAUUUUAAGUUGUGAAUACUUCUCCCGGCUUUAGCCUUUUUCAGUUCUUCAAAUAUGGAUGAGCCCUGAAAUAAAUGAAUACAGUAAAGUACUAUGCUCAUCACACACAACGCUGACCUCCGCUACGUUUGACUGGCUGACACGAUGAUAGCUCAAUGCCCUCUUUAGCUUUAAGGAAAUUUGGGUGCAAAAGAAAAAAAAAAAACAAGAACACAAAACAAACACUUCUGCUAACACGGGCCUUUCAUGGUGUGAUUGUUUUUUUUUUUUUUUUUGUACUUGAACAGACAAUACAAGCCAGGAGAGCAAUACACUCACUCUAGAGAGUGAAGGGAGAGGGAGAAGGCCUCAUGGCUGCCUCACUUACUCCACCAACAGAGGGCUUUGAAAACAUGGACAAAUUGCUGACUUUCUACCAUUGCCACUUGUUUUUCUAUACUAGAGAAUCUUGUAUAUUUGUAAUGGAUUUGUAGUUCUAGUUUUCAAAAUAGCAAAAGCAUAUUGCUAUUUUAGUCUCACACCUGAAGGAUUUGAUUGCACUCAGAAGAAGAUUUUCUUUUUUUAAAGAGCCAUUGUGUGGCACUGCAGGUUUGCCCAAAUGAAGCUCAUUUUGCUCCAAUAAACCUCUCUCUCUCUCUCUCUCUCUCUCUCUCUCUCUCUCUCUCUCUCUCUCUCUCUCUCUCUCUCUCUCUCUCUCUCUCUCUCUCUCUCUCUCUCUCUCUCCCUCUCUCUCACACAUACACACACACACACAGAUAAUGCACACAAUGGACGGAGGGCAUUUCAUUCAACAUUUCUUCGUGUUUUAUAUUUUUGAAAUCAUUUCUGAACCCUGAAUCUGAAAGAGCUCACUCAGUUUUCCACUAGUGUAAUUAUUGUAGUGCACUACUAGUGCACUGGCCAAGUCUUUUCUAGUGCACUAAAGAAUAAGCAGUUUCAACUUCAUUCACCUGAUUCUAAAAUAUAAUCCGGCCACCAGAGGGCGAUCGGGGAACAAAAUAAUCCAAACAAAUUGUAAAAUCUGUAUGUUCAUGUUUGUGCAGUGAUUUGUCAUUGAGUUGAAUGAAGUUUUAAAUUGAAUUAAGUCAUUCAGUCUGAGUUCGUAGAUGCUUUGUUCAUCUUUGGUGGCCUUAAGAUGAAUAUUACAAGAUCAAUUUGUAUUAAACAAUAUGACAGAUACAGAAUCUUAAAGCGUCCAUUGUACACUGAGAUUGUCAUUAGAUUGGUGUUAGAGCAGCACUUUCAUAAAUCCAGUACAUGCCUACAUAUUACUGCAAAAUAAAAUGCUAUCUUAAGUGAAAAUGUCUUAAAUAUAUUCACGAGCUUAGUAUUAUUUUUUUUCAAUAGGAUUGCAAUGAACUAAAUAAACUAAAUAAAAGAUAAUUCAACUAAUUUCUUGAUCAUUUCUUUCAAGCUUGAGUUGUCUUAAAAGGCUAAAAAUGUAUAUAUAUAUAUAUAUAUAUAUAUAACAAAAUAAUAAAUAGAAAAUCUGGCAAUAGAACAUGACUAUUUUAAGCUUGAAAUAAGUUUAAUCAUUGCAUAUUUAUCUUUUAUUGUAAUGUUAUAAAAGAAAUACUAGCUACUUUUGAUUAUUUCAAGGAAUUUACACUUGCUAAGAUGUCUUUUUUUUUUGCAGUACACACACACACACACACACACACACACGCUCAUGUGCACUGCUGUUGGAAUCUCCAUGUCCAUAUUAUCAUACAAGCAAAACAAAAUUCAAGUGUGUUUUAUGAAAUGCUGUAAAAGGAACGUGUCCCUCACCAACAUUUGUGUGACCAGCAUCACCUUGCUUUUUUGUCAUCAGAAGUAUUAUAAUCUAUUCUGUUGUUUCGUUUGUUUGUCUACACAUGCGUGUUUCCUGUGGUACAUGGGCUUGAGUGUAUCCUCAGCACCUUGUUUUUAUGAAGUAUGAAUAUGAAAUGAAUUAUUUUCAUCAUAGACAUAACAUUAAUCAGCAAUGUAUCUUAUCAUCUUAUACUGUAUUUUUUGAGAAAUCUCCUCAAUGUGAGGCACUUCAUCUGCAUAUUGCUAUUUUAUGUAUAAAAAAAAAGAAAUCUUUUAAAAUGUUGUAAUAUAUGUGAAAGUGAAAGUUAUUACUCAGUUUUUGAAGGCUGUAUAUACCUAUUAAGAAUAGGGCUUUUUGUUAGUUUUUUUAUUUAAUUGUUUUUUUUUUUAAUACAAGGGAUUAACUUUAUACAACUACAAUACAGAGAUGAUCAUUACCUGUUGGUACACAGUGUAUAAUGGGACUGUGUGGGAGAAUGUUUGAGGGUUUUAUCAUCUUUAAAGCACCUGUUCCUUACGAUUAAUGUGUAGUGAUUAAACAAUCCAUCUAAAUGUGCACAUAGCUGUCUCUGUGCACAGUCAGCCAUUUCUAAUACUCUCUUACAUGUUUUUAUUACAAUAACAUUUCACGAAAUGUAAAAAUGAAAAAAAAAAAAAAAAGACAACCCAGUCAAAUGAAUGUCUCUUUCCAAACAGUAUUCAGGAGCCAUCAGCAUUUUUCUCUGUUUUUUUUUUCUUCUUUCCUCAAAUUUUAUGUAUUUAUUUUUUGUUUUCUUUUCUUUUCUUUUCUUUUAUUGUAUUAUUAUUAUUAUUAUUUUGCCGUACUGAGAUAUCAGUGACAUUUGUAUUUGGCAUAAUUUUUGAUCUGGUACAGUAAAAAUGUUUGCCUAUAAAGUGUAUUAACAAAUUCAAGCAAAGUUUUAUAUCAAAUUUUAUUUCGUCUUUAAAAAGAGAAUGGUAAAAUAUAGGACAAUAAUUAAAGGGAGCAUCCUUUUUUUUU